CUAUUUAAACCCUUCCCUCUUUCCCUUUCUUCCCAAACCUCUCUUUCCUUUCUUAUCUCCCUUCGAUAAAAUGGCUUCUACACCUGCAAAUUUUUAUACAUGGGCUAAAGUCCAAGUCCCUCAUCCCUUUUCAUCGUCUAAUUCCUCUACUUGUUCACCUGUUGAUUUGGGCUUUCCUUCAAAAUCCAUCUCCAUGAGAAAGCCCACUCCUCGAGCUAAAAUUCAAUGCGCUCUCCACUCCCCUGCUGUUCUCACUUUUCCAAAACAACCCUAUCAAUAUCCAACAAUUACCAAAAGGGACACCCCUUCUCCCCCGCAACCUGCCUGGAAUCUCUUUCAGAAAGCCGCUGCAAAAGCAUUGGACAUAAUGGAGAGCGCGUUGAUCUCACGCGAUAAGCAGAAACCGCUCCCAAAAACCUCCGAUCCUGGCGUUCAAAUAGCCGGAAAUUUUUUUCCGGUGCCGGAAAUGCCUGUCCGGCAUAACCUUCCCAUUACCGGAACAGUACCCGAUUGCAUUAACGGCGUUUACGUACGUAAUGGCGCUAACCCGCAUUUUGAACCCGUUGCCGGUCACCAUUUAUUCGACGGUGACGGCAUGCUUCAUGCAGUCACCAUUAACGGCGGUUCAGUGAACUAUUCGUGCCGGUUCACUGAAACCGAAAGACUAGUUCAAGAGCGUGGAUUGGGUAAAUCGGUUUUCCCGAAAGCCAUUGGUGAACUCCACGGGCAUUCUGGUAUUGCGCGUCUUCUCCUCUUCUAUGCGCGUGGACUUUGUGGACUCGUAGAUCAUAGUCAUGGAACAGGCGUGGCUAACGCCGGUUUAGUUUACUUUAACGGCAGGUUAUUAGCCAUGUCAGAAGAUGAUCUUCCUUAUCACGUUGCUAUUAAGCCUUGCGGCGAUUUACAAACAAAGGGGAGAUACGAUUUUGACGAGCAACUCAAAAGCACAAUGAUAGCUCAUCCGAAAAUCGAUCCGGUUUCUGGCGAGCUAUUCGCUUUGAGUUACGAUGUUGUUCAGAAGCCGUACUUGAAAUAUUUCAAGUUUUCCAAAAAUGGGAAGAAAUCGUAUGACGUUGAGAUCCCACUGGACGUUCCAACAAUGAUGCAUGAUUUUGCUAUUACUGAAAAUUACGUUGUGAUCCCUGACCAGCAAGUGGUUUUCAAGCUUCAGAAUAUGAUCAAAGGUGGCUCACCAGUAAUCUAUGACGAGAAGAAGAAAUCUAGGUUCGGGAUUUUACCCAAAAAUGUUAAAGAUUCAAAUAGAAUUAUUUGGGUCGAGUCACCAGACACAUUCUGUUUUCAUCUUUGGAAUGCAUGGGAGGAACCAGAGAAUGACGAAGUUGUAGUUAUUGGCUCGUGCAUGACUCCACCUGACUCAAUUUUCAAUGAAUGUGAUGAAAAUCUGAAGAGUGUACUGUCAGAAAUCAGGUUAAAUCUGAAAACUGCUGAGUCCAGAAAACGGGCAAUAAUUUCAUCAACGGAACAGGUGAAUCUUGAAGCUGGAAUGGUAAAUAAAAACAAACUUGGCCGUAAAACACAGUAUGCUUAUCUUGCAAUUGCAGAGCCAUGGCCAAGAGUUUCAGGAUUAGCAAAAGUAGACCUGUCAACUGGGGAAGUUCAAAAAUACAUGUACGGAGAUACAAGAUAUGGAGGAGAGCCACUAUUUUUACCGAGAAAUCAAUGCACAGAAAAGGAAGAUGAUGGAUAUAUUCUUGCAUUUGUGCACGAUGAAAAAAUAUGGAAGUCAGAGCUGCAAAUAGUGAAUGCCAUGACUCUUGAGUUGGAGGCCACUGUCAAGCUUCCUUCAAGAGUUCCAUAUGGUUUCCAUGGGACUUUCGUAAGUAAAAAGGACUUGGAAAAUCAAGUAUAGUGGAUAAGGAGAGUUAUGUUAAAAAGUCUUAUUUGUGUGCGUAUAUACAUAUAUAAUAAGUAGUAUAAUCAAAUGUGUGUAUUAGAGGAGAUCAGAGAUGCCUGAGGGAAGAUUAGCUAAUUUAGAGAAUGUCCCCGAACUCUCUCCUCUAGCUUAAUUUUAAUCUUAACAUGUCAUUUUC